GUUCAUCCCUGGCAUUUGUUUCUAGGGAAACUGGAGCUAACUGGGAGUGGAAAACCCCCAAUAUUGAUUCCUCAGCUUCACUGGGAAGUGGAUGUUCUCAAGUCCCCCGGCUCCUCUGUGCGCACCUGCGCCAUGCCAAGGGCGAUCCUUGCUGGAUCUCGCCGUAACCAACAUGCCACUUGCUGAAAGCUGUUUUGGAAAGAAGUGAGGCUCAGACUUCUCCAUGUUAACCAUGAGUGUGACACUUUCCCCCCUGAGGCCGCAGGACCCAGAUCCCAUGGCAACCGAUGCCUCACCCACAGCCGUCAACAUGACACCUACUGUGGAACAGGAAGAGGGGGAGGAGGCCUUGAGGGACUUAGAUUCUGAGCGACAGUACGGAAAGCCACCACCACUCCACACAGGGGCGGAUUGGAAGAUCGUCCUGCACUUACCUGAGAUUGAGACCUGGCUCCGGAUGACCUCGGAGAGGGUCCGCGACCUGACCUACUCUGUCCAGCAGGAUGCAGACAGCAAGCACGUGGAUGCGCAUCUAGUCCAGCUAAAGGACAUUUGUGAAGAUAUUUCUGACCACGUUGAACAAAUUCAUGCUCUCCUUGAAACGGAGUUCUCCCUGAAGCUGCUGUCCUACUCGGUCAACGUCAUUGUGGACAUCCACGCGGUGCAGCUCCUCUGGCACCAGCUCCGGGUGUCUGUGCUGGUUCUCCGGGAACGCAUCUUGCAAGGCCUGCAGGACGCCAAUGGCAACUACACCAGGCAGACUGACAUUCUGCAAGCUUUCUCCGAAGAGACAAAGGAGGGCCGGCUUGACUCUCUAACAGAAGUGGAUGACUCAGGGCAGUUGACUAUCAAGUGUUCUCAAAAUUACUUGUCUCUGGAUUGUGGCAUCACUGCAUUUGAACUGUCAGACUACAGUCCCAGUGAGGAUCUGCUUGGUGACCUGGGUGACGCAACCUCCAGCCAGGGCAAAACUAAACCUUUUGACUCUUGGAGCUACAGUGAGAUGGAAGAAGAGUUUCCUGAGCUGAUCCGAAGUGUUGGGUUGCUGACUGUGGCUGCUGACCCUGUCCCUUCGGGCCGUGAAGCUCUCAAGGAGGACUCCUCUCAAAUGUCUCUGUCAGAAGAGGGCAAAGGUGGAGGUCAGCAGGACGAUGCUUCCGCAGCUGAGGGGCAACCAGGCUCAGCACCCGGGACACGCUCCUCGGGAGACGUUCUGGCCGAUGCUCGGUCCUCUUCGGAGACUGAAAAGCAAGACUCUAAUUCUUGCCCACAGCUUGGUGCAAAGAACCACCGGCCUCUUCCUUGUGAAAAUACAACUCCCAAGAGGUCCAUCAGAGAGUGCUUUCACUAUAAUGAGGACUCUCCCACGCAGCCCACACUGCCGAAAAGAGGGCUUUUCCUGAAGGAAGCGGCUUGUAAGAACGGGCGGACGGGCAGCAGAGGCGAGAAGCAGACGGUUGAUCUGAACCCCGAGCUGAGCAGAAGCACCCCGGCCCUGGCGGACGCCCCGGACAGAGCCAGGCUCUGCCUGGCCCUGCAGCCCCCCUCCUCCGGCCCCGCGGCUGCCAGCCGGUCCUACGAGUGCUUGCACGAGGUCGGGGUUGGCGGUCCCGAAAACGCAGUCAAGAGCCACAGCGAAGAAGCCUCGCGCAGCCUGGGAAGGCUCACCGACUGCCGUGAAGGGAAACCUCGCCUGAAAAGGCCGCGGGUGGGUUCCGAAGAGCCCGGGCCCUGCCGGACGCCGAACCGAGGACCGGGUUCUGGAAAGCGAGCUGAAAGCGCCGGGAGCUCGGUGCGGCCGGUGCCUGCGACGACAGGACCCGGGACGGACUCGGCACCCGCAUCCUCAGCACCCGCAUGCGGCCAGACCGGCCAGGAUGGGCAGGGGCCAGCGCGGCCAGACCCCUCCUGUUCACCAUCCUUCACUGACGACGGCGAAUCCUCUGUGGGCUCAGCAGACACCGCAGCCCUAGUCCCUCUUCUUCCAAACCACGAACGCAAAGGAGGUUACUCCGCUCCAAGCCGCGUAACCCGGACCGGGCAGGUGGUGGAGGCCUGGUACGGCUCCGACGAGUACCUGGCGCUGCCGUCUCAGCUCAAACAGACCGAGGUGUUGGCUUUGAAGCUGGAAAACCUAACAAAGCUUCUGCCUCAGAGACCCAGAGGGGAGACCAUUCAGAAUAUCGAUGACUGGGAACUGUCCGAAAUGAAUUCAGAUUCUGAGAUCUAUCCAACAACGUACCAUGUCAGGAAAAAACGUACGAGGCUAGGCAGAGCGUCUCCAAGCUCAUCCAGCGACAUAGCCUCCUCCCUAGGGGAGAGCGUCGAGUCUGGCCCCCCGAGUGACAUUCUCUCUGAUGAGGAGUUGUGCAUGCCUCCCUCUGGCACGAGAAAAUACAUUGAUGAGAAAUCAGAGAGACCCUCCUCAUCUGAGAACGAGAGGCAUUCUGCCACAAAAGCUGCUUUAAUUCGGAAGCUGAUGCAAGAUAUCCAACACCAAGAGGACUAUGAAGCCAUAUGGGAAAAAAUAGAGGGUUUUGUAAACAAGCUGGAUGAAUUCAUUCAGUGGCUGAAGGAAGCCAUGGUGACCACCGAGAACUGGACGCCCCCUAAGGCGGAGACGGACAGCCUGAAACUGUACCUGGAGACACACUUGAGUUUUAAGCUGAAUGUGGACAGUCACUGUGCGCUCAAGGAAGCUGUGGAGGAGGAAGGACACCAGCUUCUCCAGCUUAUUGCAUCUCACAAAGCAGGACUGAAGGACACGCUGAAGAUGGUUGCAAGUCAAUGGCAGGCGCUGCAGAGGCAAAUCAAACAGCAGCACAGCUGGAUCCUCAGAGCUCUGGACACCAUCAAAGCCGAGAUCCUGGCUACUGAUGUGCCCGUGGAGGAGGAGGAAGGGACGGGAAGCCCCAAGGCCGAAACUCAGCUCUGCUACCUGGAAGCACAAAGAGAUGCCGUUGAGCAGAUGUCCCUCAAGCUGUACAGCGAACAGUACAGCAGCGGCAGCCGGAGAAAAGAGGAGUUUGCCGAUAUGUCGAAAGUUCAUUCAGUGGGAAGCAACGGGCUUCUGGACUUUGAUUCAGAAUAUCAGGAGCUCUGGGAUUGGCUGAUUGACAUGGAAUCCCUCGUGAUGGACAGCCACGACCUGAUGAUGUCAGAGGAGCAGCAGAAGCAUCUUUACAAGCGAUACAGCGUGGAACUGUCCAUCAGGCACCCGAAAAAGACGGAGCUGCUUAGGAAGGUUGAAGCUUUGAGGAGAGGUGGCGUUCCACUACCAAACGAGCUCCUCGAGAAAGUGGAUUCAAUUAAUGAAAAAUGGGAACUGCUUGGGAAAACCCUAAGAGAGAAUAUACAGGACACAAUGGCAGGGCACAGUGGGUCGGACCCACGUGACCUGCUCUCCCCCGAAAGCGGAAGCCUGGUAAGGCAGCUGGAGGUCAGGAUCAAAGAACUGAAAGGGUGGUUGAGAGACACGGAGCUUUUCAUCUUCAAUUCCUGCCUGAGACAAGAAAAGGAAGGAACGGUGAACUCCGAGAAGCAACUCCAGUACUUUAAGUCCCUCUGUCGUGAAAUCAAGCAGCGGCAGCGAGGAGUGGCCUCCAUUCUGCGGCUGUGCCAGCAUCUUCUGGACGACCGGGACACCUGCAAUCUGAGCGCAGACCACCAGCCCAUGCAGCUGAUCAUUGUCAACCUGGAGAGAAGGUGGGAAGCCAUCGUCAUGCAAGCUGUCCAGUGGCAAACUCGGCUACAAAAGAAGAUGGGAAAGGAAUCUGAGACUUUGAAUGUGAUUGACCCUGGAUUGAUGGACCUAAAUGGAAUGGGUGAGGAUGCCCUGGAAUGGGACGAGACAGAUAUAAGAAACAAGUUAAUUAGUGUGACUGAAGAAUCCAGUGACCCUGAUCAAGAUCCACACACACCCUCACUGAAGCUUGAAGAGACAUACCGUGAGAAUCCUGGUUAUGAGGAGGAGGCAGGUGACCACUGGGGAUCUCAGUACACCUCAGAUAUCACCGCACCUUCCAGCCCACACAUUUACCAAGUAUACAGUCUUCACAACGUCCAGCUCUCUGAGGAGAGCCAUGUGCCAUUUCUGAAAAACAACCCAAAAUUCGCAGGCACGGCACAGCACAGUGUUUUAACUAAGAGCCUCAGUAAAGAUUCCUCAUUUUCAUCUACCAAAUCUUUGCCAGAUCUUUUGGGGAGUUCCAGUUUGGUGAAGCCCUGCCCAGGCUCCAGUGGAGAUGUGAGCCAGAAUUCAGGCAGUGAUAGUGGGAUCAUCAGUGAAGGAGGUAGUGAAAUGCCUACCAACUCUGAAACAAGCUUGUUCACUGUUGUGGAUGGGUCCCCAAGUAACCCUGAAACUGAACAUCUGGACCUACCAAGGGGAGACGCUGCUAACGUGUUACAGCAACAACUUAAAGACGAGGAGCAAUGCGUUAAGCUUCCAAACCGUUGUCAGUCAUCCAUCUCACCAGUGGGUUGUGUAAAUGGAAAAGCUGGAGAUUUGAACAGUGUUACCAAACACACCACGGAUUGUGUGGCAGAAGAAUUGCAAGAAAAACACGAUGUGUUUACAUUUUAUGAUUACUCAUACCUCCAAGGCUCAAAACUCAAAUUCCCAACGAUAAUGAAACAGUCGCAAAGUGAAAAGGUACAUGUGGAGAAUCCCCUUCUUCCUGGUUUCUAUUUUGAUAAAAAAUCCUGCAAAUCUAAACAUCAGGCUUCAGAGUUACAACCGGACGCACCUCCCCACGAAAGGAUUUUGGCAAGCGCACCCCACGAAAUGGGUCUCAGCUCAUAUAAAGGUAGCGAGGCAGAGAAGGCAUUCCCUGGCAUUCAGAACGCCAGACGGCUCUCUCUCUUAUCUCGUAGUUCAUCCGUGGAAUCCCUUUCUCCAGGGGGUGAUUUAUUUAGAUUGGGUAUCUUUAAAAAUGGCAGCGACAGCCUCCAGCGAAGCACUUCUUUGGAAAGUUGGUUGACGUCCUACAAGAGCAACGAAGAUCUUUUCAGCUGUCAGAGCUCGGGGGACCUCAGUGUGAGCAGCGGCUCGCUCGGCCAGCUGAGUAAAAGGACGCUGGACCUCCUGAACCGUUUGGAGAACAUCCGCAGCCCCUCGGAGCAGAAGAUCAAGCGAAGCGUUUCCGACGUCACUCUCCAGAGCAGCUCCCAGAAGAUGUCCCUGGCCGGGCAGAUGUCCCUGGACAGAGCAUCCUCCGUCAAUGAAGACUCGGCGGCGUCCCUCACCGAGCUGAGCAGCAGCGACGAGCUCUCUCUCUGUUCCGAGGACAUCGUGUUACACAAAAGCAAGGUCCCGGCGUCCAACGCAUCGUUCAGGAAACGCCUGAGCCAGUCCGUGGCCGACGAAAGCGACGUGAACGUCAGCAUGAUCGUGAACGUGUCGUGCACCUCGGCUUGCACCGACGACGACGACGACAGCGACCUGCUGUCCAGCUCCACCCUCACCCUGACCGAGGAGGAGCUGGGCCUCAGGGGCGAGGACGACGACUCCAGCAUCGCCACCGACGAGGACAUCUACGAGGACGGCGGCCCGGUGUCGGGCCUGGACUACAUCAGGAAGGAGCUGCAGACCUGGAUGGGGCCCCGGUUCUCCCCGACCCGGGAGAAGAGACGGCGCGAUGUCACCGAGGACGCGCGUGGCGGCGGGAGGACGGGUCCUCCGGGCUCCCUGGGCGUCGAGGCCCCGCUCGGCGGCUCCGGGGAACGGCUCUCCGAGACCAACGGGAACGGCCGGAGUCCGUCCCGAACGCGGGGGCUGGCGACGAAGGGCGGAGGCGAGCGAACCGUGUGUGGAGCCGGCGACGACCCCCGCGUGGCCGACGUGGAAAACGGCAAUGUGGAGAGCGCUCCGGGAGGACGAGCGCACGGCUCCGCGGCACCCGACGGUCCUGCUCCGCACGCGGGGCUUGCAGAAGACCAGCUCGGUCCGUGCAAAGCGACCGUCGGGGGGUCGGAGGGUCCCGGCGUCGCCGCAAGGGAACGGGGCCCUGCGGACGGGACACGGCCUCCGGAGGUGGGCCCGCGUGCACCCCGCCCCGAGGACCCCAGCGCCCACUGCGCUCCCGUCCAGAACAAUCGCCCAGAACUGACGACAGAAACCGGAGUCAACAGCAGACCGGACGGCGACGAUGCACCGGGCCCGGCUGGAAAACCUGCGGGUUGCUGCCUCCUGGAAGCAGAGCAAAGUGCUUCCGACAGCGGCAGCUCUUCCUGCUGCAACUGCGAGCCAGGUGUUCCCCACCAGGAAGACGCCGAGGACUGUUCGGUGCACGACUUUGUGAAGGAGAUCAUUGACAUGGCCUCAACAGCCCUAAAGAGUAAAUCUCAACCUGAAAAUGAACUAGCUGCUCCCACUUCCUUGACCCAAAUCAAGGAGAAAGUGCUAGAACAUUCUCACCGGCCCAUUCAGCUGAGAAAGGGGGACUUCUAUUCCUACCUGUCCCUCUCAUCCCAUGACAGCGAUUGUGGAGAGGUCACCAAUCACAUGGAUGAGAAGAGCAGCCCUCCAUCACCACCGGACACCGUGGACUCUGGCUUAGAUGAAAAGGAAGACAUUGAAUGUUUCUUUGAGGCCUGUGUUGAGGAUGACCCGCAGGGAGAGAAGGCCUGUUUCUCUAGCGACCUUCCACAGGAGUCCGCAGUCCUCGAUGAAGCCCCCGUGUCGCUACCAGUGACAGCAAGCUCUCCUAUGCUCAGGGGCGUUUCUCCCUCAGCCCACGACGCAGAAGUGGUAGCCCCUUCAGGACCUCCCCAUCAGAAAGGACCUGAGGUUGGAAAGGAAGCAGAUGAUGUGUCCCAAACGUCCCAUGGCUGUGCAGACGUCUCAGAGCAUGGCACCUCUUCAAGACUGGGCAGAGAAGAGGGGAGUUCAAGCCACACAGGUGAAUCAGGAAAGCCAGAAGAAAAUAAUGCUGCUUCAGCCAGAUGGAAAGCUCAAGCCCUCUCACUGAAUGCAGGUCAGCCGAAAGGCAAGGCUGUGUUGUGCCCCAGGCCCCAAACCUUAACCUGCAAAGAAAAGCUCGUAAACUUUCAUGAAGAUCGACACAGAAAUAUGCAUAGAUAGAAUGUAAUGCCCCCAAGCAUGAAUACCAACUCAUUGAAAGAUAACCUGGUGCAGCUCAGGGUGGGCCUCAACCUCCCGCCUGCCCGGAGCUGGUCUCAGGUUCCAUCCCGCUGUCGCUGCUGCCCAUCACAUUGACUUUCCCAAGAUGAAUCCUCCUUUGGAAUAUGGUCGGCCCACACGGGCCUGGUGAUCUGGAUGUGUGCACUGGUUCCCUUUAGGUGAUCUUCUCUGAAGUUCAGUAAAGCUGCUUGUUCACCCGUGGAUUCCUGUCCCAAGCUACCUCUACCAACCCCAUCUCUCCAGCAAGACUUGUUGGUCUCCUCUCCUGCCCACCUGCUUUGAAAGCUCUGCAGUCCCCAUUAAAUUCGUUAUCCUGUCUGGAAUGACCCCUGCCAGUACUUGACUGAGUUUAUGUUUUGCUCUGAAAUUUUUAAUGGUGUAAUACCCGUGUUUAUUGAGAGAGAUUUACUUUGAAAGCUUACCCUUGAUUCAGUUGCAGCAGAGAGGACAACGUUGGUCCUUCUUUCAAAAUUAAGCAACGUUUAAAAUGCCAUUUUAUUUAUUUCCUUUUAAUAAUGAUCUAUGCAGCACUUCAAGAAACAACUAUAAUGGUGUUGUAUAUUAUAAACUGAUGACAUUCUACUAUCAUGUACAACAUUUUUGGUUUUUAUGCUUCUUGAGGUGGUAAUGAGAAAAAAGUUUUUAAAAAAGUGUGCCUUGCUGUGUCUCUCAUACCAUUUAUUAAAAAGCUGCUUUCAUGAUAAUAUUAUGUUGGUUUGAAAGGAGGAAAUAGCAAGGUUAAGAUGUGAGAAUAAUUUCUGUGUAUAUGUAUAACCUAGUAAAAACAUUAAUGUAUAAUGACAGUUUAAAAUGCUUUCAUGUUUGUGAUGUCAGUGAUGUGGAGAAUAUAAGCCUUAAACCCAUUAUAUUGCAUGGUAAUUAAAAUUGGCAUAAUAAAAAUAGUUCAUUGGGGGAAAAGGAUAAUUAAUGAUCUCUUCUACCUGUGUUAUUUACCAAAUUGUUGCAUCUGGUUCUGAAAAUAAAACAUGAUGCAGCUUCCAAAAUAUCCAUAUGGUACAAGAGGCUUAAAUUACUUAAACUACAGACUAAGCACGAAGCCUUCACAGUUUCCAAAAUCUUCCUGGUCGCUAUAAACAUUUUGAAAGAGCAAAUUAUUGAAGGUCAUUUCCCCUGAACCAACAAAAAAUUUAUACUAGAUGAUUUCAUUUCUACUUAUUAAUGAUUUAAUGACAGAUUAUGGAUAUCUUAAACAUCCUAAUUUAUUUUAAAUCAUUAUUUUGAAUGGAUUUUGUAGAUGAUAUAAAAAUGUAGAAAAAUUCGAUAUUAUUUUAUUUAGACUAUAGAUUUCAGGUGUAUUUAUUUUGUGUGACAGAAAUCAGCAGAGACAUAUUCCCGCUGGUCUUUUUUGACUUGCUAAGUGCAGUUUUUAAUUUAUAUCAUAACUCCUACUAAAGUGCCUGACACACAGUAGGUAUUCUAUUGAAAUCUGCUGAAUUGAUGUAUUGAAUUUGGUAACAUGGAUUUUCAGGUUCCCAAACCUCAAACAUGUAUAUGACUAGAAAAAGACCCGGUGCAGUGUGAAAGCACACACAGUACGUAAUCAGUUUAUAGCAGAUAUGUGACCACAGAAAUGACAAUCGUUCGUCCAACAGGUAGCUCAUUCACAUCUUUUAUCUGCAAGGUACUAUUCUAGAUCCAGGGAAUACAGCUCUGAAGGAUACACUGCCUUUGGAGGCUGACCUACAUGAGGGACGAAGUGACCACACAGAGGACAUGCAGUGUGUAGGGUUCCUGGUGAGAAAGGAAACACGUGUAGUGAAAGAGGCAGGAAGGACACGGGUAAGGGAGAAAGGAGAGAGAGGGAAGUUAGUGGGUGGAGUAUUUCGUGGUGACUUAGUGCGGGGAUAAUAGGAGAAGAGGCCCAUGGAAAAGAUGUAAUGAGAGGUGUUUUACAAAGCUAGGUUGGAGAUUUGUGUGCAAUACACUAGGUAGUAAGGGAACCUUCUAGUCUGUUUUGGGCUUGAUUUAAUUUUAGAAUUGGAACUUUAUUAGCACCAUAUUAAGAACACUUAAAUAAUGCUUGUCUAUAAUUCUACCACCAUAAUUAUGUAUUUUUAUGCCCCUUAUGACCUCUCCUGCACAUAUUUUGAGUAGGUGGUGAGCUAUUCUAAAGGGGUCUUAGGGAGAUGUCUGGUUACAGUGUUCAAGGGGAUUGCGAAGGGGCGAGAAUACAGAUAGCUGUAUGGUGAGGAGACUGCUAGAGUUGAGUCUAUACCCAAGGGCAGUGGCUUGGGAUACAGUGAAAGGAAAAUCCUACAGCCUUUGAAAUACUUAAGAACAUCUUGGACCUCUAUUGGGAUAUGGGAUUAUUUUAUGUUCUGAGGCACCCUAAAUUUUUCUUGGUUAGGAAAUAAUGCCAAGUCUGUAUCUGCUGGUAAAACAUUCAAAGAAUUAACCAGCCGUGGUGUUCUAUAUGUCUGUUAUAUAUCCAUAGAAGACCCUUAGGUAUUGAAAAUAUUUAUUGAUUAUCUACUUAGAAGUAAUACCAAAUUUUUAGGCUAAUUAACACCUUUUCCUGUUGGAAGAGAUGGAGUAGUCUUGGUCUCACACCUGUGUAAGUGCUACCUCCCUAGUUGCCAAGGAACACAGCUCAUUUGGUUUCUACUGACUCACACCAACUCUUUCUCCACACCUCCUGUGACAAUGGUUUGUUACCUGCUAAAGCAAACCCUCUCACUGCUGGGCAUGUGUUUCUGUUAAAUGCUUUCCUAGGAUGCUGAGGUCCACACAGUGCCCCCACGCCACCUUUAAUUCAGUUCACUGGUCCGAGUUAGAUCUUACAGAGCAGCAGCUUGGAGUGUUUUCUAUGGCCUCCGUCUCAUGGCAGCCCUGCAGGUGACUGAGGUCGGUUAUUCACUCUCCUCCAACCGCCCCUCUUAUGCCAUGAUCUUCGGAUCCAUUUCAACCUGACUGAAUCUUUAACGGGCAGAAUCCUUGACGCUGAAGGACUGUCGGACUGUCGCCAUCAUACCUUAGAAGAGUAUCAUUAAGUGCUAAGUUUUCUCUAAAAUAUAUUCGAGAUAUAUGUUUAUUAUUGUAAAUUUCAAUAAAUAAAUAAACAA